AUGCCCAGCUAUGCCAAGUUCAUGAAAGAUAUUCUAUCAAAUAAGAGGAAGCUGGAAGACAAUGAAAUAGUCAUGCUUGCUGAGGAAUGCAGUGCAAUUCUCCAACAUAAGUUACCACUAAAGUUAAAAGAUCCAAGGAGUUUUACUAUUCCUUGUAACAUUGGUAACUUAUAUAUAGAUAAAGCAUUAUGUGAUUUAGGAACUAGAAUUAAUUUAAUACCUUUGUCUCUUUUCAGGAAACUAGUUUUGGGGGAAGCAAAAUCAUCAACAGUUUCACUGCAGUUGGCUAACAGGUCGAUCAAGCACCCUCGAGGUAUUUCUGAAGAUAUUUUGGUGAAGGUUGGCAAGUUUAUCUUCCCAGCGGACUUCAUUAUUCUAGAUAUGGAGAAAGAUAGGGAUGUCCCUCUCAUAUUGGGUCAUCCAUUUUUGGCUACGGAAAGGGCUCUGAUAGAUGUGCAGAAGGGUCAGUUGAUAUUGAUGUUAAACAAAGAAGAAGUGAUAAUCAACGUGUUUAGAGCUUUCAAAUUUCAGAGUGAACCAGAUUCUUGCAUGCAAAUUGAUGAUUUGUCAUCAGAAAAUGAGAAAGCAGAAGAAUGUGCACGUUAUUUGGCAACCAUACCACCAUUCUUCAAGCAACCACGUUUGGAGCUCGGUGAAAGACCCACAACACCUUUACCAUCUAUACAACAAACUCUAGAAUUAGAGGAAGAUCAAUUGCUAAGGGUACUUCGGGAGCACAAGACAGCAAUAUGA